CUUGAACGAUUUCUUUCCUUACAAGUAUUCUGGUCAUAAGUCAAAAAAGCGUUCAGUCAAAACACGCCGUUCCCACACAACAAACACACGGCAGACCAAAACUCACACACGGCACUAGCAAUACAGGGAACAGCCAAGUGACAAUGGAGUUCAGAGGACAAGGCGGAUCCUGUACCCGUAUGCCCAUGGGCAACAAUCAGGCAGUCCCAUUAGCAAAACUCCUUUGUGAGGCCUAUUUGCCUCCUCCAGCCUCAGUUGCAGCAGGCAACAAUAACAACGAACCUGCUUUUGGAGGAAGAGCUCCCCAAGGAAUGCAGCACAAUUUCAUGCUUUCCCUCCGAAAUACUCUUCAUGAUGUAUUGGAUGCGCAAAUUGAAGGAGACGAGGAAGCUGAUGACACGUUUCUUGAGACGACUGGUACCGCCAAUGAGAGGAAUCCUGCUGCUCUUGCUGACGUCUCUGAUGGUGGUGACCAGACUGCCUCCCAGCUCAACAGCACUGAAGGUGCAGCCAAUAUGUAAUCAUCCUCACUGUGGUGGAAGCACCAUGUCCAGCCCAAGUACAAA